AUGGUUUGCAACAACCCCUAUGAACAAAAUUGCCGGUGUGAACUGGAAAACGCCCUGCAGCAGACCACAGGCAAGAACCAGAAGAGACCCAGCUCUAUCUUACAGAUUCCUAAGCGGCUAGUGAAAGAUGUUGCCCCACACAGGCAAAAGAAAGCCAUGCCAGAUCCCACCUCAACAAAGAGCACACAAUACAUUUUUCAGCUGCAGACAAACUUCAGCCAGACAACACUGCUGGAAAGCAGUCAAGAUAGUCAAGAGGCAUUCUGGACAAAGCAACCUGCAGAAAGCAACAAGACGAAGAAAACCUAUCUUUCAUCCAAGACGUUGAAAUCCCACCUUCUUGGCCGUAGAAAGGCAGCCAAAGAGGUUCCUUCUCCAAGUAUUCUUGGGAGUAUCACAGUUACGAGAGAGGCUGCUGAUAGCAUCCUGAAGACCUUUGCAAACAGUAUUACUGGAGAGGAGCAUAUAAGAACAGCACCACUCAGGACAACGUUGUUAGAAAGCCAGUUUCAAUCCACAGGUUCUCCCUCUCAUAGACUGGUCAGCUCUCCUAACCAUGCUAUGGUAAAACCAGCUCAAGACAUACAGGCAGAAGAGUUUUACAGGACAGGCCUGAAAAGGGGAUUGCUGCCAAGCUGGGCAGAAGUGCCUAUAAUUGAAAAGGCAGCACUUGGAGAAGGCCAGCAGGUCAAGGGAAUCUCUUCUCAAGAAGCUACAUGCAAACCCAAGACCAACAUCGUUUUUCUGAAAGUCCAUAAGAGUGCCAGUAGCACUGUCAUGAACAUCCUCUUCCGCUUUGGUGAGAUGCACAACCUCACUUUUGCCUUCCCCCUCAAGGGCGGCAGCCAGCUCUUUUACCCACACCACUUCUUAGCAAGGUUUGUGCAAGGGUUCUCUCCUGGAAAUGGUCCACAGUUCAACAUCCUCUGCCACCAUAUGCGGUUCCUACAGUCAGAGGUGCAGAGAGUGGUACCAAGCACAGCCAUCUAUUUCUCCAUCCUGAGAAACCCAGUGCAGCUCAUGGAGUCCUCCUUUGUGUACUACAAGGGCACAUCAGCCUUUUCCCGUGCCCACAGCCUGGAGGAGUUCCUUAGCCAGCCCUACCGCUUCUACAACCCCGCAGCCAGCGACAGCCACUAUGCCAGGAACCUCAUGACCUUCGACUUUGGCUUCAAUCCUGAUGGAGACAUCUCACCAAAGCGUGUGCAGCUGAUGCUGAAAGCCAUUGAGGCCUCCUUUGACUUGCUCCUUAUCUCCGAGUACUUCGAUGAGUCCAUGGUGCUGCUGAAGGAGAUAUUGUGCUGGGACUUGGACAGUGUUGUCUCCUUCCCACUCAACAGCAGGGAUAGCAGUACCAGGUCUCCCCUCUCAGACAGCAUGGUGGAGAAGAUAAAGGACUGGAACAGGCUGGACUGGGAAAUUUACAUUCAUUUCAACAAGACCUUCUGGGAGAGGAUUGAUCGAGAUAUCGGCAGGGAACGCAUGCAGCAGGAAGUAAGGGCACUUCAGGAGAGACAAGCAGAGCUGGCAAGGAUCUGCCUGCAAGAAAGAGGAAGUGUCGCCCCCAAAGACAUCAAAGACUCUUCCCUGCUGCCACUGCAACAUGGUAAUGCCAAAAUAUUAGGUUAUAAUCUCAAGCAGGGCUUGGACAAGAAGACAGAGCACAUGUGCCGGCGGCUGGUGACACCAGAGCUGCAGUACAGCAGCGCUUUGUACAAGAAGCAGUUUCUCCAGAAAAUCCCAUAG